AAAAUCAAUCAGAGGAAAAAGAGCGUCAAGCUCUAAAUAAUAUAAAAAAAAUUGUGGCCAAAAGUGGGUACCACAGCGAUAAGUUAUCAGAAAUGGAUAAUGAACUUGCCGAUGAUGAAAGAAGGAAAAGGAUUCAAUAUCCUCUUGAUGAUGACCACAAUAAUCAUGUAGUGAAGGUCAUAAAAAAAGAAUGGCACUGGUGUAUUUUAUACAACAACAUUCCUGCUAUUUUACUUGGUCUUGUUAUAAAUUCUCCUAGUGCUGGUGAUGACUCUGAUAAUUAUUUAGAGUCUGCUCCCGAUACUAACUACUAUACUGCUUCCAAUGCUAAUUGUUCUAAUUCCCCCAAAAAUAAUCAUUCUGCUGCCCCCAAUACUAAUCAUUCUGAUGCAAAUAAUCGCUCUGCUGCCCCAUUAUUAAUAUUGAUGCUCCUGAAACAAUUCAUGGUAGAAGUUCUCCUG